AUGGUCAUGGAAGAGGAGCCGGCGAACUGCUUGUCCUUGCCAGGCGAGUUUGGUGAGAUUCCCUUGGACCUCCGGCCAGUUCAGCUCCGGCCAGCUCGGCGCCGGCUCCGCAUCAUUGCGAACAGUCAGCGCUCCCGUCUUCUUUCCGGAUCCGCCCCUGCUGGCGCGGAACUGGAUGGGAGCUCGGGCUUCCAAUAUCUCAGCAAUCUCCAGGGAAGCCGCAGAGAUAAUGUCGAAUUGAUAGAGGGUCCCGGACAGCCUUAUUUGGUUCCUGGCACCGAGACACAUGACUGA